GUCGAGCAGCUGGGACGCCGCUUUGAGCUGCCUCGCAUCGAUGACGGACCGCAACAGUGUGAGUUUCAACACUACAGCAAAUGCCUUCGCCAAGCUCGGCCGCCUGGAUUUGGUGAUGCGCAUCAUUGAUGACAUGAGCACGUCGCAGGUGCCGCCUGACCUCAUAACAUACACAGUGGCUCUUACCGCCUGCGGCAACGCUCAGCCAGUCCUUUGGGCAGAGGCUUUGGAGCUCUUUCAGAUGAUGCGCAGCCAGCAGCUGCAGCUCGAUGGCAACGCUCGCCAUGCCUUGCGAAGAGUCGGGGUGACCGAGCCGCUGUUGGAGAAGGUCCCCGACAGGCUUCGAAGUUGA